GUCAGUGUCAUUUAACAUUGUUUUCACUUGGUGUUUUUUUGACAAAACAAUGUAAUUGUAAAUAUACCAAUAAGUAAAAACAAUCCUUUUAAGGUUUUAAUCUUAAACUUUUCUAAAAAUUUUCACUUAUACAUCAAAGUGUAAAUAUGGAUAAAUUAACUGUUAUAUCAGGAACUUUGUUCAUGGCAGCAGAUGUUUUUGCUAUUGUAAGUCUGGCUAUGCCAGACUGGAUAAUUACUGAUGUAGGAGGAGAUACUCGUCUUGGCUUAAUGUGGUCUUGUAUGACCCUCUACAACAGACCCCAAGUCUGUUUUACACCUGACCUUCAACCUGAAUGGCUUUUGGCGCUAAUAUGCAUCCUUAUUGGAUGUGUUUGCAUAACAAGUACUGUUAUUCUUUUAGCAUCAAGUCAUUUUGAUCGUAAUGUCAUUCCAUAUGCAAGAUGGGUUGGAUUUGCUGCCAUGGUGGCAUUUUGUCUUGCUGCAGUCAUUUUCCCCAUGGGCUUCCAUGUGGAUGAAAUUGGUGGCCAGCCAUAUCAACUACCCAACAGUCACCAAGUUGGUAUAUCUUACAUAUUGUUUGUGCUGUCUCUAUGGAUAACUGUAAUAUCUGAGUUAUUUGCAGGAAAAGUCUGUUUACCUCAUUUUUAAGUAUUAAGAUAAGAUUAAGUUUUUUCUUCUGUGAAAUUUUAUUUAAGAAAUCUAAAAGUUAUAAAUAAUCCAGAUGUAUAGUUUUUAGAAUCUCUUUUAAAAUAAGUGAUUAUAAAUAAUGAAGCUUGUUAUUCAUACAUUAGGGGUAAAUAAAAAGUGU